CGCAGCGGGGCCGCGGCGCGGGACUCGGCCGCCGCCGGCGCAGGUCGCUCCCGCUCUCCCGGCCGCCGCUACGUAGGCUUCUUCUGGUUGGCCCCGGCCGCCUCUUCGCCUACCGCCAUGCUUGCGGAGCAGGAGAACCAGGAGAACAUUCCCCCGGGCGGCAAAGCGCUGGUGGCCCCCGCUGCGGGCACCCGCGUGGCACUGGGGCUACUGCGGGGCGCGCAGCAGCGGCCCGGAAUCCCGCAGCAGGCGACGCGGAGCGGCGUUGAGGGCCAUGGCACGACGGCGGGGCGGCUGGGCGCUGAGACGCAGGCCUUCACCAUUCAUGUGGACGAGCCGGACGGAGAGCCGCGGCGACGGGGCGGUGUGGCGACCCAGAAGGAGGAAGCGGCCCUGGGGCUGCGUGCGGCCGUCUGCGCCCUCGGGGAGCGGCGGCCCUUGGCGCCUUUGGGCAACGCCAUGGACAUGAGCUUCGAUUCGCCAAGCAUUAUGGACAUUUCAAUAACCUCAGAAACAGAAGAGAAAAAACCAAACGUUAAUAAUGUACCAGACUACAUCAGCGAUAUCCAUACGUACCUUAGGGAAAUGGAGGUGAAAUGCAAGCCUAAAAUGGGUUACAUGAAGAAGCAACCUGAUAUCACAAACAACAUGCGGGCUAUUCUUGUGGACUGGCUGGUGGAAGUUGGAGAAGAAUACAAGCUACAGAAUGAAACCCUGCACUUAGCUGUAAAUUACAUUGAUAGGUUUCUUUCUUCAAUGUCUGUUUUGAGAGGAAAACUUCAGCUCGUGGGUACUGCAGCUAUGCUGCUUGCAUCGAAGUUUGAAGAAAUUUAUCCUCCUGAAGUAGCAGAGUUUGUCUACAUCACAGAUGACACAUAUACCAAGAAACAGGUUCUAAGGAUGGAGCACUUAAUUUUGAAGGUUUUGUCAUUUGACUUGGCAGCUCCUACAAUCAACCAGUUCCUCACUCAGUAUUUCCUCCAUGAGCAGACAAAUGCCAGAGUGGAGAGCUUAUCCAUGUACCUGGGGGAGCUGAGUCUAAUUGAUGCUGAUCCUUACCUGAAAUACUUGCCAUCAGUUAUUGCUGCUGCAGCAUUUCACCUAGCAGGCUACACCAUCACUGGACAUACCUGGCCUGAAUCUCUGUGCAAAGUAACAGGCUACACUCUUGAUGACAUCAAGCCUUGCCUCAUGGACCUACACAAGACAUACCUCAAAGCUGCACAGCACACACAACAGUCCAUAAGGGAAAAGUACAAGAGUAUGAAGUACCAUGGAGUAUCGCUUAUUGACCCACCAGAGACACUAAACUUAUUGUCAUAAUCAAGAGACUACUCUUUUAAUUUUAAUAAGAUGUAUAUUGCAAGAAAGUGAUCACAUGAUGUACAGUUCUAAACAUGGCUCUAAAUUCUACAUCUGAAUGUGUGCCAAAUAGUGAUACAGGUUUUGAUGGGCUUAAUUAUGGGGUUAGUUUUAUAUGGUUUUAAUGUAAAUCUUUUGUACAUGCAAUCUUGCUGAGAUACUUAUCUGGAGUUUAAUGAAAAGGCUCUUUUCAAGCACAGAAUUAACCAUGCAGAGGAAGUGAAAUCUGAGACUGCUUAUCUAAUUCUAGACUAAACAUGUUAGCAGUGCGUUAUUACAGUAGGGCUUUCUCUCCUUCCAAGAGUGCCUUAGACUCCACAGCAGUAUUUGUAGCAUUUUAAUACUGUCUAGUUAAAACUGAGACUUAAUGAAAUGUUCCUGAAGGGCUAUAAUACUAGAAGAAACUAUAUAGCUCUGAGGAGAAGACCUUGGUGGAAUUUAUUCUCAUGCAGGUCUCUAGGAUGUGCCCGGUGCUGUUUGCCUUGGUUACUAUGUAAUGUAUUGCCAGAUUUUAAUCAGGUUAAAGGCUGAAUGCUCUGCCACAGGGACUGUGUGGUUAAAACUAGUGUUACCAAUUCAUACUUCUCUCUUCCAGUACUAAGAAAAUGAUCUUUCUAUAGGUUUCUUCUAGUCAAAGUGUAAAACUGAUGUACAAACCCAUUGAGUUCUCACUGCUGUUGGCUGUCCCAAAAGCCCAUUAGAAGAUACUAAAAACCCCUAGUCUUCAGCCUGCUUACCUGGUACCUCUUUAGGAGGUGGUGGCGGGAUUGAACUACUGCUGUGUCCUCAAGAGGAGGAAAUGUCUUUUGGUGUGGAUGGACUAUGUGCAGGCUAGUACGAGCUUUGUGCCCUUCACUUGAAGAGUUUCCUUGGUGGCAUGCAGCAAAAACGUUGACCAACUGGUAUUGUUUCCUUAGUUCUAGAACUGUUACUGAGCAAAUUAGCACAAAAUUGGCAUUAGAUCAAGUGGACAUUUAUCUUCAACCUGUGUAAAUGGAGUGAUGCUGCCCUGUACCUGCUGUUCUCUGCGUGUAAAGCAAUGAGUGCAUGAGAGUGAGUUUAAGCCAUUUCCAGGUUGGUUAAUAAACAAUUUUUACAUCUGAUGUUAGUGGUCUUGCCAAUACCUUAGCAGCACAGAUGGGCAGUUAACAGCCAUCGUAAACUGGCAUUUCAGCAGGGGCUUCCCUGUGAAACCCAUGCCACUUCAACUUGAAGCUGAUUUCUAUGCUAUCUGGUUAUCUGGACAUGCAGCAGGUUACAGUAUACAUUCAUUACAGACGUCAAAUAGCUGUUAUGGUGUGGGCUGCUUAGAACAUUUUAAAAACCAACAUCAGCCCCCUGUGAAGCUUGAGAAGCACAUGUCAGACAAUUUGCCUGUCUUGACUUGGUAACACUGUUCUGCUCUGUGGUCUGAGCCCUCCAUCAACCAACCUCUUUACAGAACUGUGAAGUGGUGGUGACUUAUGCAGCCAAGAGAGAAGUAUGCAGCAGAGGCUGCCUUGUUUGGCUAAUCUGGACUUUUUAAGAGUGUUAUUUUUAUACAUGCUUAAUGAAGAAUCUUGUUUCAUCGCUCUACCAUGUUCUCCAAAAGCCUUCAGGAGGUUGCCACUGGAAAAGUUAGAACUAGCUAGGGAAGAGACUGCUCAGUGUAUCAUGUCAGGUGCUGAGUGUUCCCAGAAAAUAAGGAGCAGUACUGAAGUGGAAGGACUUCAGUGGGUUAUAGUAUUAAUGUACUGCUUAAUGAAAUAUCUCCUCGAUCUGUUUUCAAUGGAAGCUGUUACUGUUCCCGUAGCAUAGAAACGUGCUCCCCUGCUUCUCCCUGACUUCUGGGUUCAGCAUAGUGAUAGGCCUUUCUCUACAGCAUAGAAAAGCUUCAGUCAUAGGUUGCCCAGUAUGUUUCUCCUUCCUCAUGAACUGCUGCAGUAUUAUCUUCCAUCUCCCAGUUUUCUAAGUUAGUAUGAGAUGGUUCCAGCUCUUGCUCCUAAGCUGUGAAUAAACAUCCCAGGUUCUACUGUACUGUUCUGCUUAUCUUCAAGUCCUUUCAAAAUAAAGUCUCCAAGGAAUGUAGAAUUUGAGAUGUUAUGUGAAAUAGAGGCAAACACUAUUGUUGUUUUCCCUAAAGACAUUGAAGGUCUCAUGGUACUGCAGAAGAAGAGUGACUCUUUGCUGAUUCUUAGGCUCCAGCCAGUAAGUUUGAGCUGGAAGAACUGACACUGAGGAAAAAAACACAGGUUUGCCGCCUGGAGGAAAUGAGGAUUUCUGCAAUUGUCCCUUUCUGAAACAGCACAACUGGAUUAAAUUAAAGCUUGACAUGACUGGGGACAGUUCUGGUUUUUAGGGUUUUUUAUGCUCUAAACCUGACUAGGGGAAUGUAAUGACAACAGUAACUUCUUUCCUGUUCAUAGUUCCUGAAAUACUAAGGCCACAUGUAAUAUAUUCCUCCUUUGCUCUUGUAAAUAUGUGCAUGUUUCUAACUUGACUUGGAAACCUGUUUGUCUCUGGUUUGCCACCUUCUCCCUUUGGAACAUUGCUCUUUCACUGUAUUUCAAGAAGCAUUGCUGUCAGUUCCAUGCAGUCAUGAAUUAAACUUUUUUAAAGAAA